GAACUCGCUCACUCAUUCACUCACUUCCUCUCUCCUCUGUAACAACCCCGUCCCCUUCUCUCUCUCUCUAACCUCGUCGCAGAGACCGGAGAAGAACCUCCGGCGCCGGCCGGCCAUGGUCCCGCUCCCUCCCGACGAUCGCCUCCAGGCCUCGCCGAGCUCUUGAGAAGUAGCGCGGGGCGACGGCGGCUGCUGCUCCGACCUCCUGCUCCUUCGCCGGCGACGGAAUGCUCGAUCUCAACCUCGGCGUCGCUCCCGGCGAUCCCGCCUCCGAUUCGAUCGGGAUGGCGAGCGGGAAGCUGCUCCCGGAAGCGUCCGCGGAUCGUCCGGUCGAGAGCCCCGGGAGCUUCGCCUCCUCGAUUCUGAGCGCCGAGGUCGCCGACGACACCUGCUCUCGCGGCGGCGGCGUCGUCUUCGCUUACGACUUCGGCUUGGUCGCCGGCAUUGGCUCCCGCUGCGCCGGCGACGGCAGGCCCGUGGAGGUUUUCGAUAGCGGAGAAGGUGACGGCGACCGGACGAUUCAGCUGUUCCCGGCGGCGGCGGUUAAUGGCGGCGGCGGCGGCGGUUUCGGCGGCGCCGGAGGCUUUUCCGGCUCUCAGUCGCGGCGUCAGCGGUUGGACCUCAUGUGCCUGGAGGGCGCGCGCUCGAAGGAGGAGCCUCAGCCGUCGCAGCAACAGAGGCCAUCGGUGAAGAGGAGUAGGCGCGGGCCGCGGUCUCGGAGCUCGCAGUAUCGCGGCGUGACGUUUUACCGGCGGACCAGUCGGUGGGAGUCGCAUAUUUGGGAUUCUGGGAAACAAGUGUACUUGGGGGGAUUUGAUACUGCUCACACCGCUGCUAGAGCUUAUGAUCGAGCUGCCAUCAAGUUUCGUGGACUAGAUGCGGAUAUCAACUUUAAUAUCAGCGACUAUGAGGAAGACAUUAAGCAGAUGAGUAACUUCACGAAGGAAGAAUUUGUGCAUAUUCUUCGGCGGCAAAGCACAGGAUUCACUAGAGGGAGCUCCAAGUACAGAGGUGUUACACUGCACAAAUGUGGACGGUGGGAAGCUCGAAUGGGGCAGUUCCUCGGCAAGAAGUGUAUAUAUCUUGGGCUAUUUGAUAGCGAGAUAGAAGCUGCAAGGGCGUAUGAUAAGGCCGCAAUAAAAUGCAGUGGAAGGGAAGCCGUCACCAACUUUGAGCCAGGCAAAUAUGAAGAAGAAGAAGAAGAAAUGGAUGGGAACCAUAGCCUCGAUUUGAACUUGGGGAUUGCCCCUCCUGAUAAACUUGAUGGUACUGGUGGUCCUCCUUUUCCACUUCAAUCGAACGGAAUGCAUUGUUACCCAAUACCUAGGAUUGAGAACUCUUCUUCAGCCGUACCGGGGGCUCAAGAGCUCCACCACCCACCUGUUGUAUCUGAGCAUCUCUCCUGCUUAAGUGGUCAAAAUUCGAUUUUCUUUCCCUCGCACAAGGGAACAGCAAUAGCGAAGCGAGCGGAAGUUGAUCCCUUGUCAAACUGGGCAUCUCAGUUUGGAGGCCCUUAUGGUGGAACAACUCCAGCGCCGUUCUUCUCUACCGCAGCAUCAUCAGGAUUCUCUUCUUCAGUCGCUGCUACGCCAUCAGCUGCUGCAUAUCACCAAUACCUUUAGUCGAUAGUUUUGCUUCACCAAUUACCACUCCACGACAAGCGUUUCACUGAUUAUUCAGGCACGACUCCGAAGUUCUCUUUCAUACCGCGAGAGGAAUAUCGAUCUUCCACGCAGGACCAGCAGUCCAGUGCCGAAAGUUCUCAAGCUGAAAUACCAAUGUUUUGUGACAAAUACGAUUCUUCUAGUAAAGCGAAUCGCACGAUCUCAUCUCGGUAGCGGAAAGUAAUGAGUUUGGAUUUCCCUUUUUCCUUUGCCUCCUUUCAUAUGUGAAUCUAGUUCACAAACUCUCGCUUGUUCAGGCACUUGGCUCCAGCUACAUCUUUUUUUCUUGGAUGGUCGCAAUCUCUAUA